GAUCGGGUACAGUAUGCACUACGCGUAUUUUCUUCCUGCCUUCCUUUUUGUUUUUCCCUCUUUUUCAGAAACCCUAAUUUUUCUCUCUCCGCGUUUCCAUGUCUUUUUCCGAUUCCUUUUCUACAAUAGUUUAGCAAUCGAGUCAUUAUGGCAGGGAAGGAGACGGCGGAUCUCGAUUUCACCACCGCGGAGUCCACCGACCGCCGCGCCUCUGACGGCGGCGGGAAUCACGCUCGCUUCUUCGCAGAUGAUUACAAGGAGAGUAGCGUGCUAGGGGAGUUCGGUUGGAGUAUGCCGCCGGAAUCAGCCGGCGGUGUGUACGGUUGCGAAGGCGGUUUGUUCGAUUUUGACAGGAUCGAGUCCGAUUUGGGGGGAGGCCUUGCCGAUGAUUACUUCUCGGCCGAUUUAUCGCCUCGUAGGGGAUGCUGCGCGGUUAUCGGUGGUGAUAAGGAGGGGGAAGUAGCGGAGGCUUCGGCGUCGAAUCCGUGUAGGUCUUCGAGCUCAUCCGCCGCGGAUCUGACGGAGAAACCGGCAGCCUCCGGUGCUUCAUCCGCCGACGCCGCGGCGAAUCCGGCGACGGAUACAGCGAUUGAGACUAAAAAGAAGGUGCAAAAGCGGAUUCGACAGCCGCGGUUUGCGUUUGUCACCAAGAGUGAAGUUGAUCAUCUCGAGGAUGGCUAUCGCUGGAGGAAGUAUGGACAGAAAGCAGUAAAGAACAGCCCAUUUCCAAGGAGCUAUUACCGGUGUACAAACGGUAAAUGCAUGGUGAAAAAACGUGUGGAGAGAUCAUCGGAGGACUCAUCACUUGUGAUCACAACAUACGAAGGCCAACAUUCUCACCACUCAGUCGGGUUCCAUAGAGGGGAUCUCUUAACUUCAAGGCUUCCAUUUAAUCAAGAAAACACUAUGCACAUUGCACAAUGUUUUCAACCCCAUAUCCAACCCAAAGGCGAAGAGUUUCAUUCCUCGACGCCGGCAGUGAGUUUGCCGCCACUUGUUGGCGGCAAUGGCGGAUGCCUUGGGGAUAUCGUGUCACGCAAGAUGCCUUUGGGAUGAGUUUUCAUGCUACAGGUCGUUAUUAUGAUGAUGCAUUAAGUCAUUUUCGGGAUGUACUAUCCUAUCAACUAGUAUGAUUUGCCAUCAGACCCAAGAUCAUGAGGUAAUUAAUUAAUUAAUUUAGUACAAUCUGUAAAUUCCAAAUUACUUGUCCUGAAAAUUCGAUAUGCUAUUUUUAUUUUGUUUUAUUAUA